GCCGCGCCGAGGGGAGGAGGCUCCCGCGCUCGCUGCCGGCCUGUGCCCGCCGUCCAGCGGAGCGGCCCCUCAGCUCGCAGUUUUGCAUCCUUGAAUGUCCCUCUACUUCUUGAAAAUGAAGACAAUGAUUGCAUGCUGCUUUCUGCUGUUUGGGCACGUUCUGCUUUCCACUGUUGCUGUCAUGGCAAAAGAUCUCCCUGGAGGAUAUUUUACCCGAAAAAGGGAUGUUAACUCUCAAUCUCUACUAGAAAAUACUUGCAACAACAAACGUCUGGACCUUGUCUUCAUCAUUGAUAGCUCUCGCAGUGUACGUCCGUAUGACUUUGAAAAAGUGAAAGAGUUCAUUUUAACAAUCUUGCAGUUCCUGGACAUCAGUCCUGAUGCCACUCGAGUAGGCCUGAUUCAGUAUGGCAGCACUGUCAAACAUGAGUUCUCACUGAAGACGUUCAGAAGGAAACAGGAGAUUGAGAGAGCAGUGAGGAGAAUGAUGCACCUGGCGACCGGCACCAUGACCGGACUGGCUAUCCAGUAUGCUGUGAACAUUGCGUUUUCAGAGUCAGAAGGGGCUCGACCUUUGAACCAAAAUGUGCCUCGCAUUAUCAUGAUAGUGACAGAUGGGAGACCACAGGAUCCGGUGGCAGAAAUUGCUGCUAAAGCUCGCAACUCUGGAAUUCUGAUUUUCGCCAUUGGAGUGGGAAGAGUGGAUAUGAACACACUCAAGUCCAUUGGGAGUGAGCCACACGAAGAGCACAUCUUUCUAGUUGCUAAUUUCAGUCAGAUUGAAACGCUGACCUCCGUCUUCCAGACUAAACUUUGUGUGCCCCAUAUGUGCAAUAUAGCUGAGCAUCGCUGUGAUCAUUUCUGCAUAAAUACCCCAGGCUCCUAUGUAUGCAGAUGUAAACAAGGUUACAUCCUGAACGCUGACCAGAAGACUUGCAGCACUCAAGACCUGUGUGCUGUGGAGAAGCAUAACUGUGAGCACAUUUGUGUGAACACGCCUGGGUCUUAUGUCUGUCAGUGUUAUGAAGGGUAUGAGCUUGAUGCAGAUGGAAAGAAUUGUGUUGUUGUAGACUACUGUGCUGUGGAUAAUCAAGGUUGCCAACAUGAAUGUGUUAACACAGAGGACUCUUAUUACUGUAGAUGCCACCCAGGGUUCAUUUUAAAUCCAGACAAAAGAACUUGCAGAAGGCCAAACUACUGUGCUCUUCAGGACCAUGGCUGUGAACAGGAAUGUGUUAAUACAGAUGAUUCCUAUUUCUGUCGAUGCCAAGAAGGGUUUAGACUUAAUCCAGAUAAGAAAACAUGCAAAAGAGUGGACCACUGUGCAGAAAGCAAUCACGGUUGUGAGCAACUGUGCCUAAAUACUGAUGACUCCUAUGUCUGUCAGUGCUCUGAAGGAUUUGUCAUCAAUGAGGACCUACGAACCUGCACACGAGUUGACUAUUGUGCUCUGAGUGAUCAUGGCUGUGAACAUUUGUGUAUAAACGGUGACAAAUCUUACACUUGUCAGUGUUUCGAAGGAUACAGGCUUCGGAAUGAUGGGAAAACAUGUAAACGUAAAAAUGUCUGCAAAUCAGUCAGCCAUGGCUGUGAGCAUGUUUGUGUUAGUACUGACAGUUCUUACAUCUGCAAGUGCCGUGAAGGAUUCAUAUUGAGAGAUGAUGGGAAAACAUGCAGAAGACAGGACAUCUGCAAAUCAAUCAGCCAUGGCUGUGAGCAUAUUUGUGUUAACAAAGAUGACUCUUAUGCUUGUGAGUGUCAUGAAGGUUUCCUAUUGAGAGAAGAUGGGAAAACAUGCAGAAAUAAAGACAUUUGCAGUUCAGUUGACCAUGGCUGUGAACAUGUUUGUGUUAAUGCUGAUGAGUCGUAUGUCUGCCAGUGCUACGAGGGAUUUGCAUUAAGACAAGAUGGAAAAACAUGUAGAAAUAAAGACGUUUGCAAUUCUGUUGACCACGGCUGUGAGCAUGUUUGUGUGAACACUGAUAAUUCAUACAUUUGCCAGUGUUAUGAGGGUUUUGUAUUGAGGGAAGAUGAGAAAACAUGUAAAAGUAAGGAUAUCUGCAAAUCAGUCAAUCAUGGCUGUGAACAUCUUUGUGUUAAUACUGAUGACUCAUAUACUUGCCAAUGCCAUGACGGAUUUGUACUGAGGCAAGAUGGGAAAACAUGCCGAAGCAAGGAUAUUUGCAAAUCAGUCAACCAUGGCUGUGAACAUGCCUGUGUUAAUGCUGGUGAUGAAUUUGUUUGUAAGUGUCGGGAGGGAUUCCUGCUAAGAGAAGAUGGAAAAACGUGCAGAAAUAAAGAUCUUUGCAGGUCAGUCAACCACGGCUGUGAACAUGUUUGUGUUAAUACUGAUGAUUCGUAUAUUUGCAAAUGCCAUGAUGGAUUUCUACUGAGAGAAGAUGGGAAAACCUGCAAAAACAAGGAUAUUUGCAGUUCAGUCAGCCAUGGCUGUGAACAAGUUUGUGUGAAUUCAGAAGAAUCCUACAUGUGCAAGUGUCAUGAAAAUUUCAUACUGAAGGAAGAUGGAAAGACAUGUAAAUAUAAAGAUGUUUGCAAGUCAGUUAACCAUGGCUGUGAGCAUAUUUGUGUUAACACUGACGAUUCCUAUAUUUGCAAGUGUCAUGAUGACUUCAUACUGAGGGAAGAUGGGAAAACUUGUAGAAGUAAAAAUAUCUGCAAAACAGUCAACCAUGGUUGCGAACACGUCUGUGUUCCAGCUGGUGAUUCAUACACUUGUCAGUGCCACAAGGGAUUUAUACUGAGGAGAGACAGGAGAACAUGCAGGAAUAAAGACCUGUGUAAGUCCAUUGACCAUGGCUGUGAACAUGUGUGCAUUAAUAAUAACAAUUCAUACAGCUGUCAGUGCCAUGAGGGAUUUGUCCUGCGACAAGAUGGAAGAACAUGUCGAAGCAAAGAUGUCUGUAAAUCAGUUGCCCAUGGUUGUGACCAUAUUUGUGUUAAUAAUGAUGAUUCAUACGUCUGCAAAUGUCAGGAGGGGUAUGUACUAAAAGAGGAUCAGAAAACCUGCAGAAGAUGCACUGAAGGCCCAGUUGAUCUGGUGUUUGUGAUCGAUGGAUCAAAAAGUCUCGGAGAGGAUAAUUUUGAAAUUGUAAAACAAUUCGUCUCAGGAAUAUUAGAUACACUUGAGAUUUCACCCAAAGCUGCUCGAGUUGGUUUGCUUCAGUAUUCCUCUGAAGUCCGCACAGAGUUUACAUUAAGACAGUUUAGCACAGCCAAAGACAUGAAGAAAGCUGUAUCACAAAUGAAAUACAUGGGGCGAGGCUCCAUGACAGGACUGGCACUGAGGCAAAUGUUUGAGAGAAGCUUCACAGAAACAGAAGGAGCCAGACCACUGUCAGCAAACAUCCCUCGAAUCUCCAUUGUGUUUACAGACGGACGAGCCCAAGAUGAAGUCUCUGACUGGGCUGCUAGAGCAAAGAGAAGUGGUAUAAUUAUCUAUGCCAUUGGAAUAGGAAAAGCAAUUGAAGAGGAACUGCUGGAAAUUGCUUCUGAGCCAUCAUACAAACAUCUCUUUUAUGCUGAGGAUUUCACAGCAAUGGAGGACAUAAGCGAAGAGCUGAAAGUUCAGAUCUGUGAAGCCUUGAGAAAUUCAGGUCACCGUCAAGAUCUGUCAUCUGGAAGGCUCCAUAGGACUAAUCCACAGUCAUCAGGACCUGAAUCAACCACAGUAGAAAUCACAGAUGUCCUUGCCUGUCCCAGUCUUGCAAUACAGCAUAAGUAUCUUUUUGAAGACAGUCACACUCACUCAACAAGGACAACAGCAAAAACUUCAAAAGACCAAUGCAAAUGUGAAAACCUUGUGACGUUCCAGAACUUCGCAACCAACGAAGUAAGACGACUCACGCAGCGAUUGGAAGAAAUGACAAAGAGGAUGGAAGACUUGGAAAACAGACUAAAAUACUGAUCAAAAUUUAAAGCUUAUACUACACUGUGUAUUUAUACAUACAAUGUUGUGAGAGCUAUUUUGUUACACCAGUUCAAAGUAAAAUAACAAAUCCUUGUCUAAAGUUAAAAAGUAUUUUGGAGCCCUGCAUCUAUACGUGUUCUGUCUUGCAUUGACUGCAGAUAAGUUUUGAAAGUUUAUAUAUAAAAACAAUUUAGCAACUAGCAGAAAUCCUCAUUAAGUAGAACUUAACCAAAAGAAGCUAUGCAAAACAUUAAAAUGCUGUUAUUUUUUCA